AUGUCCAACAGCAGCUCCUUCAAUGAGUUCCUCUUACUGGCAUUCUCAGAAACRCGGGAGCUGCAGCUCUUGCACUUUGCAGUGUUUCUCUGCAUCUACCUGUUUGCCCUCCUGGGCAAUGGCCUCAUCAUCACAGCCAUAGUCUAUGACCACCACCUGCACUCCCCCAUGUACUUCUUCCUUCUCAAGCUCUCUGUCCUGGAUAUUGGCUCCAUCUCCACUACUGUUCCCAAAUCCAUGGCCAAUUCCCUGUGGGACACCAGGGCCAUUUCCCACUUGGGAUGUGCUGCCCAGGUAUUUUUCCUCUUUUUCCUCCUUUCAGCAGAGUGUUCUCUUCUCACGGUCAUGGCUUAUGACCGCUUUGCAGCCAUCUGCAGACCCCUGCACUAUGGGAUCCUCAUGAGCAGCAGAGCUUGUGCCAAAAUGGCAGCAGCUGCCUGGGSCAGUGGUGUUCUCARUGCUCUCCUGCACACUGCCAACACAUUUUCAAUACCACUCUGCCAAGGCAAUGUCAUGGAGCAGUUCUUCUGUGAAGUUGCCCAGCUCCUCAAGCUCUCCUGCUCAGACUCCUACCUCAGGGAAGCUGCUGUUAUG